AUGAAGUUGAACAUUUCCUACCCUGCCAACGGCAGCCAGAAGCUCCUCGAUAUGGGCGCCGAGGUCCCCGCCGACUCCCUUGGCGAUGAGUGGAAGGGCUACAUCUUCCGCAUCACCGGUGGAAACGACAAGCAGGGUUUCCCCAUGAAGCAGGGUGUCAUGCACCCUUCUCGUGUCCGACUUCUCCUCGCCGACGGCCACUCCUGCUACCGCACCCGCCGCACCGGUGAGCGCAGGAGAAAGUCCGUCCGCGGCUGCAUCGUUGCCAGCGAUAUCGCCGUCCUUGCCCUCCGCAUCGUCAAGCAGGGCGAGCAGGACAUCCCCGGUCUCACCGACGUCGUCCACCCCAAGCGCCUCGGACCCAAGCGCGCCACCAAGAUCCGACGAUUCUUCGGCCUCAGCAAGGAUGACGACGUCCGCAAGUACGUCAUCCGCCGCGAGCGCCUCCAGCACAAGCGCCACAGGAUCGCGCUCAAGCGCCGCCAGGCUGAGAAGGUCAAGGAUGAGGCCAACGAGUACGCUCAGGUCCUCGCCAAGCGUGUUGCCGAGGCCAAGGUCGCCAGGGCCGACGCCCGCAAGCGUCGUGCCAGCUCCAUGCGCAAGUAA